AUGCGGAAAAGUGACAUUAAAACCAAUGGUUUUAAAUCACCAUUAAAGAUUCCCUUUAAUAAUUCGUCAGUUGUAAACAAAACACAAGAGGAAAAUGAAAGUUCAAAAGAUCAACGACUCAGGUUUCGAAGUACCAAAGCCUCUUUCUCUAAGCCCACAAAACGCGUUAGAGUCAAUGGUAUAUCUACUGAUGAAGAUGAUGAUUCAGAUAAUUAUUCAAAUUUUUCAGAUUCUGAAGAAUUUGAGAGUCGAAAACGCAAAAAGCCAAAUGAUAAAAAAGUUCUAAAAGUUGGAGCGAAAAUUGGAGUAAGAAUUGGUUCAAAAGAUACAACCGACAAGAAUUCUUCAAAUAAUAAAACUGAUUGUAAUAUAUCAGCACUCACUAUUAAUGAUCCGAAUCGAAGAAAGUUUCGACCUUUUAAAAUACCUACUUUUAUCAAUAAACCUUCAACUGAGAUGGAUCAAGAUUCGUCUCAAAGAAAACGAUUAUUCUUAGGAGUAGCAGAUAUUUUAGGAUUCAAAGCUGAAGCCAACAAAUAUGUUCAUGUUGUUGUUGAUCCAAUUUUAGGAGUCAAACUUCGACCACAUCAAAUUGAAGGACAAGCAGUUGAGAAUGCUUAUGGUUGUAUCAUGGCUGAUGAAAUGGGUUUAGGGAAAACAGUAGGUUCUUAUAAUUAUGAUUUGGAUUAUAAGAAAUAUUCUUAUAAAAUGUUCAAGCAAUCACCUGAAGCAGGCAAAAAGACAAUUGACAAAGCUAUUAUUGUCUGUCCAUCAAGUCUUGUACAUAAUUGGGCGAAUGAAUUGGUUAAGUGGCUGGGAUCUAUUAGAAUUAGACCUUUAGUAAUGGAUAGCAAAGGAUCAAAAGAAAAUCUUUUGAAAGAAUUAAGACAAUUUGUUGGUGCAAAUGGUCGUAUGAUUGUCAAUCCUGUUUUAAUUAUUUCAUAUGAGUCACUUAGAACUCACAUUGAAGAGUUAAUCAAUACACAAAUUGGUCUUCUAUUAUGUGACGAAGGACAUCGACUCAAGAAUUCAACGUUAAAUUCGCUUCAAGUUCAAAGAAGGGUCAUUUUAUCCGGUACACCAAUACAGAAUGAUCUAUCUGAAUACUUUUCACUUUUGAACUUUGCAAAUCCUGGACUUCUUGGAACUCCCAAUGAAUUUCGUAGAAACUACGAAAAUCCCAUUCUUCGUGGACGUGAUGCUGAUGCUUCUGAAAAGGAAAGAGAAAUCAGCGAUCAAAAGUUGUCAGAAUUAUUAGAAGUUUCUUCUGAUAUUCAAGGACUUCUCCGUGGUACCAUGUCUCAACCACUAAAAGCUAUUACUUUUCUUAAGAAGUUAUGUAAUCACCCCGACCUUCUUGAUCUUCCGAAUGAACUUAAAAAUUCCGAAAAAUGCUUUCCAACUGGAUAUUCAAAGAAGGAAAAGGGGAGAUCAUUUAAACCCGUGUAUUCCGGAAAAAUGAUUGUAUUAGAUAGGUAUGGUUGUUUGCGUCUUGAUGGGUCUAUGGCGAUAAAGAAACGGCAGGCUCUUGUUACUAAAUUCAAUGACCCGCAUAGCCCGGAGUUUGUUUUUCUACUUAGUAGUAAAGCUGGUGGUUGUGGAUUAAAUUUAAUUGGUGCUAACCGACUUGUUUUGUUUGAUCCGGAUUGGAAUCCUGCUUCUGAUCAACAGGCAUUGGCACGAGUUUGGAGAGAUGGACAAAAGAAAGAGUGUUUUAUUUAUCGAUUUAUUUCCACUGGUACUAUCGAAGAGAAAAUCUUUCAAAGACAAUCACACAAACAAUCAUUAUCCUCUUGUGUCGUAGAUGAGGAAUCAGAUGUUGAAAGACACUUUACCUUUGAAUCAUUAAAGCGUCUUUUCCUCUUUGACCCAGAUACAAUGUGUGACACACAUGGUACCUUUAAAUGUCUUAGAUGUGUAAAAGGAAUACAAAAGAUUGCUAGAAGACCAGACGAAACUAUGAAUUAUGGUGACACGAGCUCGUGGGAUCAUUUUACUGGUGGAGACGAUCUUAAUAAGAUUCAUGAUAAUAUUCUUAAAUUAGAGGCAAAUCAAGGUGUUGUUUCAUACGCUUUUCAAUAUAUUUCCCAUUAA